GAUUGCGACCACACGAAUAAUGUAUAUGAGUGACACAUGACUAUAAUAUUGAACCGUCUUUUUGAAGAAAUUAGACUCUUAGCAAAUUAAUUUGGCAGUAUUUGUAUCGUUCUUGGAAUCACCAAAAAGAAUUAUAUUUGAAGUUUUUCUGGUAAAUGUAUUUAUUUGCCUCGUUCUUCGAUGGACAUCAAGUCUGAAGCUCUUCGAGUCUGACAUGACAUUUAUUUUGGUCUUCCCGAAUGAAUGAACUACGCGUACUGACCUCUGCCAGUUUGGCUGUUACGGGGCUGUUCCCAAGUGAACUAUAUUUCUCUAGAAAGUAUUUGGAUGGCUAGACUAUAUAUGGAUCCACUUCGUAGAAGCCCUUGUGUUUGAGUGUAAUUUUUUCUGUGUGUUUACCGAGCUUCGUCAUGGAUGAAAAAGAAGUGAACGUUUCAAGCGCUCCACAUAAGAGAUCAAAGUCAGUGCCAGCAAUGUCCCCUGCGUUCUUAAAUGAUUCUCAAUUACAGGAUCAGCCGAUCGUGGGAAGGUCGAGGAGUAACACAGUCGACAGUGUUGAAAGACUAGUGCGCACGGAACGACGUGGGGCUCGGUUAUCUAGCGGUGGCCUUCUACGAAAUCAAAGCAAAAAGCGAAAAAACAAGGACACUUUGGUGAAGUCGCGGUCUGUUGACGUUAUCGAUCGAGAUGAGAGGGAUAACUCAAGCAGAAAGUCUAGCAACUCAAGUGAAUCGAGUGUACACGAAAACGACCAAGCGUUAGUACGAGUAAGGAAGCAAGGAUUCUGUUCACCAGCUGUGAAUGGUGUUGUAGAAAAGUUACAUAUAAUGGAAGAAGAAAAGGAAUUCCCCAAUAAUAUUGACUCCGAUCAAACAAACUCUUCAGUAGUUUAUUCAGUGAACGAAGAAAACUUUGUGGGUGAUCAACAAUCGAACACGACAACUAUACUUCACGACGACUAUGAAGCCUCGAAAUUAUCCGAGGAUACGAAGCCAUACGAAAAUAAUUAUCCUUCAAACUCGACAGAUGAUGGACAAAAACAAGAAAAUAAUGUCCAAGAGCAACCAUUUGACUUCCAAGAAUCGAAUACAGAUAUUCGAAGAAAGUCACUUCCGGUAAAUGUGUCUGACUAUCAACUCGAUUCAUAUCUUGGGGAUUAUAACCGAGGUCACGAUAGCCGUACAAGUUUGAUGAACGCUUUCCAGACGAAUAUGAACUUUGAAAACAAUUACAGGAUUGUUUAUAAGAAACGCUGUCAAAACAAACCAUGGCGGAGGUGGCAUUCUCUACCCGAAUCUCUGUACAAAGUAAACGCGACAACAGCAGACAGUUGCAUAGAGCAAUUUCCUGCUAGAACAAGUUUAGAUGAGAGAGAAAUUGCAGUGUUCGUAGAACCAGUUGACCAAGGGUUACCAAAUAUGCAAUCAAGUCAACACAAAGAAAAUGAAAAUUGUACAUCAGAGUCUUAUGAAGCAGAAGACAAUGAUUCGAUGGUGGAAAAGCCAAUUCUUAAACAACAAGAUUCUUCGAAUUCUGAAGAAAAGUUAGACACUAAGGACCAGGUAGAGGCCACUAAAAGAUCAAGUAAAAUAAAGAGAUCUUUUUCACUACCUCUCAAGUUCGAUAUUGUCGAUGAAGAUGAGAGGCAAAAGAAGGAAACUGCAGAAUUGAAACGUACCAAGUCUUUGAACACAGGAGUCGAGUUUGAUGAAGUUUUUCCAGUUAUGUUGUCUGAGCAAGCUGCUGGCUUCAAACUGGAACCUGACAUUGAAAAUACUGAUGACAAAAUACAAGAGAAUGACGGAGGAGAGGAAAAUGCUGUCGCACCGAAAAAAAGGAGUAGAAUGAAAGGAAGGGACAGAAGAAGAGCAAAAUCGUUGCCAGUUACUCUUGCUCUGGAAGAAAUACCAGAAGAAUCAGCAGAACAAUACAGCUGCAGUGAAUAUGAAUCCAUUGAAGAUAUGGCCAAAAAGCAUAUUAAUAAAGCUUUCCAAGAGCUACUGAGAAAAAUCCAAAGCAGUCAGCGACCUAGGAACAAAGUGAAGAGGACACGCUCUCUUUCCACAAUCAAAGAAGCCACUGCUUCAAACGAAACUUUGCACGAAAUUAAGUCAUGCCAAAAUGACAAAGAUAUAACGCUAGAGGAAAAUAACGACGAUGUUGACCUUUUGCAGCAAGCAAUUAAACAAGAUUUGAUGUCGACGAAAGAGGAAGAAAAAGCACACGAAGAGGAAAUUAAUAAUGUUGAAGAGGAAAACCAAGAUGCUGAAGAUGCCGCGCUUGCACUUCAGCAGGCUUUAUUGCAUGAAAAUAAUAAAGCUGAAGAAUUGCAAAUGAACAAAGAAAAUGACGAAAAGCUAGACAAUACAACACAAGGCACUGUAAUAAAUGAAUUUCUUAACGAAAAAGUAAAGGAGGAAAAAGCCACCAUUCAAAAGGCAAAGGAAGAGCUACACAUAGAAAUCCCAGAAAUCCUUGUUAGCGAGGUCGAAUUUAAGCAGAGCCAGUCGCCUGUGGUGGAAUCGUAUGAUGGUGAUGUUUAUGAUGAAGUUGAUGGUUGUGAAGAGUCUGCAACAAGUGAUGAACAAGACAUUAACUCGCAGACUAAAGAACUUAAAAGUCCAGAUGAUGAGGAUAUUCAAGGUACAAUUUUAGAGCAUAUAAACAAUAUUGAAUUUACGUUUGACUGCAACAUCAGCCAGAGAUCAAUAGUUAAUGUAUCUUGCAUGGAAAGAAUUCCUGAAGAUCCAGACAAAGAAUCGGCAAUGGAAUCGGCAGAAACCGAGCUUGAGCCGACAGAAAACGAGUGCGGUGAGUCGGCAGGAAUGGGGUUUGAUUCUGAGGAUAUCAUGGAAGAACAGUCGACACUGAAAAGAGCAGGGUCGAUGCGCAAAACCAAAGGCCCAAGAGGAAAAAAAUCUAGUUCAUCGAGAAAAAAAUCCUUUCCUAUAACAAAUGAAUCAAAACGUGAGCGAAAGCGAGUCACGUGGUCUGACGACGUCCCUGAAACAACUGAAGGUGAAGAUGAACAAGUGGAUCAGGAAGAUAGCUUCCAGGAUCGAUAUCCGGAAGAUAGCUUCCAGGAUCGAUAUGAAGCAGGCCCAAGUGGAGAAUUCACCUUCAAAGGGUCAGGCGACGUCUCGGAAGAUGUCACUCAGGAUGAGUUUGAAGAAGGACCAAGAGGUGAGAUGUGUUUCACUAGAUUAUUAGACGAACAUGGUCUCCCAGUUGACCAGCCGGUUGAGCAAAGCGAUCGCCACGAAUCAGAUGAAAUUGAGUUCGAAGUAGAAUCAAAAUUCGAUAUUUUGGUAAGGAAUGCAAUGAGCAGUUACCUCGAGCCGGACUACAGCCAAUCAGGAUCACCCAUUCAUCGAGCAGUUGCAUUGGGUAAUGUUGAUCGUCUGAGAGAAUUAAUCGAUGAAGGUGCAGACGUUAAUGCACCGGAUGAGCAUGGCUGGCCACCAUUACAUGUAGCAACACUGUUCUACAAAGUAGAUUGUGCUGAACUUCUUUUAGAGGCAGGAGCUGAUUUACAGGAUUACACAGACUCACUAGUUCAAGAGUAUCAAUCUCUGCGAGAAAGAGUAUGUUAAUACACACUACUGUGCUAAAUACCAAUUUUCUAUUCCGCCAUCUCAAUCAUUGGGCAGAGUGUUGACGKGUGGAACGUUGCCACAUUUUGCCUCAUUAAUUCAAUAAAUUUCUGGUAUUUUGGCACUGAGUAAACUGCAACGAAAGAAAAUUUGCAUCAGCAAAGUAGUGUAUGAGAGAAUGUUGGACACACUAAACAAGCAUGUAUUUGUAAAUUUUUAUUUUCUUUAAUUUUACUUUGUAAUUUGCAGAUGCAAUCUGCGCAUCUUUAGGGGGCUUUAUACCAUCACGUGAUGGCAGCCAUGACGGAAGGAAAUGAUCCGGUCUACUCUGAUUUACAUAUUGAGAAAGAAAUUAGUUUUCCAUGGGGAAAACCCCUAUUGUUGUCUCUCGUCACGGCUGCAGUGGUACAAAGCCUGUAUAGACUCUUCAGCUUACAAUGUAAUGUUUUCUCAUAUCAGGCCACGUGUAACUUCCUUUCGUUUACUUUUUUUUUACUUAGGGUUUUGGAAAAAUAAAAAUUAAGUGCAAAACAACGUUAUUGGUAAUAAGGAAAACGCAUGUGGUAUGAAAUAAGAAAACAUGAUGAAGGAGCAAUUGAUUUAAUUUUCUCUAGGCCUGUUUAAUACCUGCCAUACAAUCCUAUAGGAUAGGGUCUUUGUCAACAAGUAAUCGAAGGGUGUAAUGCUCUUGGCUCAAACAAUAAUGCACGUCUAUAAGAUAAUUGAGCUCAGGAUGUAUAUCUAAAUUAUUCAUUCAUGCGCAUGCGCAGAAAUGUAAAAAACAAAAUGUAACGUUCCUGAUCUGGAUGCUGCGUGAUUAAUUUAUCCAUUUUAACCUUUUUAGCAAUCUUUUAAAAUGAAUAUUAAGUUAAGCAUGCUUAUUUUAUAUGCGCUACACGACGCACUCGAACGUUUUUACUUUUACUUCUUGCAAAAUGGACGUUUUAGCUCGACAUAGUCGUUGUACUACUUUUCUUAGGUUCUAGGUCUUUCAUUCUUUGAAAAAAAUGCAUGGCAACUCAUUUAUUAUAUCAUUCAUAUUUAUUUACCCUUUCGAAGAUGAAGAUUGGAAGCGAAUCUAUCCUACAUUGCUUUCAGGGCUAAAUAGAGCUUGUAAGUCGACGGGUCCAACUGAUCACGGUAAAAACGCUAAUUAUAGAAAUCAUUUACA